CGUGGCGUCGUCGUAUGUGGGCGGGGCUUAAAGUCGAACAGGAAAGUGAGUCGCUACUUCCUCGGCGUUCAGCGAAACGAUGGCGGCGAUCCGUAAGAAGCUGGUAAUCGUCGGGGACGGCGCUUGUGGAAAGACGUGCUUGCUGAUCGUGUUCAGUAAAGACCAGUUCCCCGAGGUUUACGUUCCCACCGUGUUCGAGAAUUACGUCGCCGACAUCGAGGUGGACGGAAAGCAGGUGGAGCUCGCUCUGUGGGACACUGCCGGUCAGGAGGAUUACGACCGCCUCAGGCCACUCUCGUACCCGGACACGGACGUCAUCCUCAUGUGCUUCUCUAUAGACAGUCCUGACAGCUUGGAGAACAUCCCGGAGAAGUGGACGCCAGAAGUGAAGCAUUUCUGUCCGAACGUUCCCAUCAUCCUCGUGGGGAACAAGAAGGACCUGCGUAACGACGAGCACACUCGACGCGAGCUGUCCAAAAUGAAACAGGAGCCUGUGAAACAAGAAGAAGGUCGUGACAUGGCCAACCGGAUCAACGCUUUCGGUUAUUUAGAAUGCUCGGCAAAGACGAAGGACGGCGUAAGGGAAGUGUUCGAAAUGGCCACCAGGGCGGCGCUGCAGGCCAAGAAGCGCGGCAAGAAGAACGGCUGCCUGUUAUUAUAGACAUCAAACCGAACUACGGGCUGCUCGGAGGAUCCGUAACUCCGCCGUCGUGAAACAGGGAGGGAGGGGCGGGGUUUAAUUCCCACGAUACUGAUACGGCCAAUCAGAGACGGGGAUUUAGAGAAACCGUGAUAAGGACGUCCGAAACAGCUUAGAGAUUCGGAUAACGGCAUUGUUUCCUCAUUAUGAAAGCCCAGAAUAGGGCCCGGUUCCGAUAAUGAUUUUACUACACCCUCGUCCACUUUCCCUUGGUUGAGCCCACCCGGUCCUCUUAAGGGCACUGCUGCAUCAUCAAUACGGCAGACGAUGCAAGCAUCCGAAUAUCUUAUAACGUUUAAUUGUCUUACGGGCGCGGUUUAUGACUCUAUGUCUACGCGAUCGUUACGUUACUCUUCUGGCCAAUUACCAAGCGUGAUCGUCAACAUGCCAGCUCAUUUACAAGCCACUGUAUUUAAGGGCAAGUGAACAAGGGUGUGAGUAACCCAGUUUUGGAACACAGCACGGGGUUAUUUUAAGACUUUCCUCUGAGCGGUUGAGGUUAGGUUUUUAAAAAGGAAUCUUUCGUUAGGACUUUUCAUUUUAGUUUCUUUUUUUUCUUCUUCUCUGCCCUCCACUGGUUUUCAUCCUGAUCUCUCUUCCUGUCUUCAGUGACCGUGUUGAACUGACUGUACGUAUGUUUGUAUAUGUGUGUAUAUGAAUGCAUGCGCAGCUUUCUUUGUAAAUGAGUGUAUUUAGACUGCUUUAUUAUUUUUUUUUUUCUCCCCUGUUUCUUUUUUCCAUACCUGGUGUCUUACAGGAGUCUGGGCUGUACAUUAGUGACCUAAUACAUCGGGCAUUUGGUUUCAUGUUAUUUAAAAGCAUACAGGUUUUUUUUUUUUUUUUAAAUGUUGCAUUUAGAAAAUAAAAUUGAAUGGAGAAAAAGACCA